AUUCAAGUUUUCAAGUUCACAAGUGCUUCUGUACUACACACACAAUCCCAGCUGUGCCAACCAAAACAAGAGCGGGGGAAAAAAUAGCCACGCUGAUAUUUUUCGCGGAGGAGUUGAUUGUCCUUGGAGUCAAUAUGAACACCCAGUGGAUUGGAUAGCUACAAGAGGAUAAAGCUGGCAUCCAAAGUGGAGUUUGUUUUGACUGUGUUGCCUCUUCACAAACUGUACUCCCUUCCGGAAACACUAGUAUUAUGUUUAUCAUAUGUUUAUCAUGGACUUUCAAUUGUGGAUGCUUUAGUUUACACCUUUUGGAAUUCGCAAAGUGAAAUCAAAACAUCUGAUCCAGGAAGCCUAGAAAAUGUUGAACAGUUGAAGUCUGUCUGGGGUAUUUUAACCCAAAUACCACUGGGAGUUGGUCUUAAAAUGGGAGGGUACUCCUGCCUGGCUUAAUUACCCAGUGCCCGAGGGUGAGUGGCUGGUGUGUGCCUUGUCAGAGACUCCCACUUUGAACAAAGACUGGAGAACAAAGACAUGCCCUUGUGGGUAAUAUACCCCAAGCCUGACUGCAAGUGUGUCAUAAAUAAACAUACGGUGUGUGUUCCAGUCGGGGAUCAGACUGGUGAAUGUGAGCGGCUGUGGGUAUACUGUAUAGCUGUAUGGAUUUAGAAGCAGGCUGGAUAUGUGUGCAAGAAUCUAGAGUGUUUAUUACAUACAGGGUGAUCUCGUACUCUGGUUUGAACAUCAGGAUUGAUCAGCUUCUGAGAAGUCAUCGGGUAUCUAUGAGAGAGUCGAUGAGACCGGUUUUUCCUGAGGUCAUGCUCGGGGUCAGUCAUUGAACCCUCUCAGUCUGCAACUACUAACUACUAGUAACUACACCAUUACCAAUCAAAGUGCAUCAUGUGUAGCAUGGCAUUAGUCAACCACUCACCCUGUGUACAAACCAAGCAGUGGAGGCUCACAACCUAGAGCAGAGAACGCAAUACAUUUUAAAAACAGCAGAUGUUCAACCAAUCUUCAAAAUCAUCUUUGGACUUUACUUUUUUAAUAACCCUUGACUGAUUUGUAAAGUUUUCUGUUGAGAAUCUUCAUCAAAAUCUGUACCAAUGCGUAAAGCUCAACGCCCAAACUCUACAGUGAGCUCAUCGGAUUUAUAUAUAUAGGCGCAUAAUUUGUUCAGGAGAAAGUGGUUUCACGUGGAUUGUUCCGCCCUAUAGAUGGCAUCCCUAACCAAAAUUGGAUCCGAAGUAGGAUUUAUUGGUCGACGCUGCUUCAUGAUGCCAAAGUGUUCCAUAAAUUAAUGCCUAUGUGACUGCUACGAGCGUAAUUACCUGGGGAGUUGACAAAUUUGAUAACAGACACUCCGCGUGUAGGAUUAAUAAUUCGCAGGGUGGCUUGAGGGAUGUUUGUGUUGAUCGGUAACACAUGGUUGAAUAUCUAGUCACUGGACGUGAAAAGUAUGUAAUGCCGACGCGGUCUCACUCCCUUGUGUAGUUGUUCUUUUUCAUAUUCGGAUAAUAUUGCAACGUCAAUUUACAUCAUUCAGAGUGUGGGAUUCUGCACAGAGAACAUUGCAAGGACGUUUCAUUGUUGGUUUUGAAAACAAAAUAUUUUUAAAAACUCGGGGGAAAUUUAUCAUGACAGAAUGUGGACAAACUUCCUCGUAAUGACGUUAGCAGCCAUGAAUUUACUCUAUUUAUAAAUCUUUGCUAAUUUUACCCCCCUCUCUAUAAAUAUAUAUCAUAAAUGGACGUAUCCCUGUGUAUGAGUCAGGUAUACAUGUUUGAUUUUUCAUCCCCCAAACUCAUCGAGGGAGCUGGUCUGGUCCCCUUGGACCAUAGAGUAAGGACAGAGACGAACACCGGACAUAUUUUUUAAUGAUUCAGAUGUUUGUAUAGAGUGUAGUGUCCCCUCGUACCCUGUAUGUUUCUCUCUGUGCUAUACGUGUAUUUAACAGGAAAUAAUAUUGCCUUCACCAGGUUGAGUAUAGUAGGCCUGCCACUGUAACUCACAUCACAGCGCUGGCCAUCGUAUGUGGCACAGUAAUAGGAAGCUGGCAAUCAGGAAUGAGUGAGUUUAGAUCCCCCCCCCCCUCUCGGCAGGAACGCCAGUGGUUUAACUUCUGAGGCUUAGACUGAGUUCUACGCAGAGGUAACAACACGCACACACGCUGAUAGUGUCAUCACGUUGCACUGAGGAAUAAUACGUUCAGACUUGAAAAAGAAAGAUGGCCGUCCGAGCAUGACGAAUGUGGAUUUAUAAUACUCACUGUUUGGAAUACAUGUUCUCGUGGAUGUUAGGAGAGUUCGUUCGCCAGGAGAAGAAGUUUUAACAAUGGCUAAGUUUGAGAAACUUGCCGGCUUGACGUGACUCACUACCCCCUGAAAGAAGGAAAACAAGUUCCUUUUCUCAUGAACGAAAGGAAGUUGUGUAUAUGAGCUUGAUAAUGGGGGUUCGUAUACCUUCUUCAAGACGGCCGCUCGAUUAAGGAAAACUUUGCUGGAAAAGAAAAACAACGAGCAGAGUCAUUUCUAAAACCGCACCUGGAGACUUGCUUCCAAACGGAUCUUUACCCUACGGAUUUUAUAUUUGAAAGAAGAAAAAGCAAGCGAAAAUGGGGCAGACAACUUCAGCUAGUAGUGCUACUGGCCUCCCAGAUGCCAAUAAUGGUGUUGUUGGCAGAUCGGCGCUGACACGGACACAGUCUUUGCGGGGCUCUAUCCAGUACAGGGCCAGGCGUACGAGUCGGUCCCGCCAGGCCGAUCAAGACAAACACCAUAGUGUGCAUAUUAUUGAGAGUAUACCCACGGAGAUGUUCCUGAGUCGGCAGAGGCAGUACAGAGCCUGGCAACAAUAUGCACAAAUGGAUCUGCCUCCUGAGAAGGCCAGACUCCUCCGCCAGUAUGAAGACGAUAAAAAAUGGGACCUUAUCUGUGAUCAGGAGAAAGUGUCAGCGAAGGAUCCACCUGAUCAUUAUAUUGUACGUAUCAAGAGAGUCAUGGAGCCAGGAAACACAUCAAAGGUUGGUGGAAGUCAGUUCCAGAAUCUCUCAAAGCGCCAAAGAAAGAAGAUAUUCGAUACAACAACACAGAAUCUCAGAGAUUUGGAAAUAUCAUUACGAACAAAUAGUAUACAGUGGGUACGUGAGUUCUUGAACGAGGACAACAAGGGGCUGGAUGUACUGGUUGAAUACUUACAAUGGCUCAACAAAGCAAUGACGUUUGAAGAGCAGCAGGAAACCCUCCCCAAGCCAAAGUCAUCGAGUAGCGUCAGAAACACAAGGAAGAGCACCAGGGCUGGCGGGUCCCCCAACCAUCUUGCCAUUACGAGGGACGAUGUUCAUGUCUGCAUCAUGUGCUGCAGAGCAAUUAUGAAUUUUCAGUACGGUUUUAAUUUGGUGAUCAACCACAAUGAAUGUAUCAACGCUAUCGCACUCAGCCUUAAUCACAAGAGCCCAAGAACCAAAGCCCUGGUGUUAGAGCUCCUAGCAGCCGUUUGUCUGGUCAAAGGUGGACAUGAAAUAAUCCUCAGUGCCUUCGACAACUUCAAAUUGGAGUGUGGUGAGAGAUUUAGAUUUGAGAAUCUGUUUCAGUACUUCCAGAAAUAUGAGGACACCAACAUUGAUUUCAUGGUGGCUUGUAUGCAAUUUAUCAACAUCGUGGUCCACUCAGUGGAGGAAAUGAACUUCAGAUCCUACCUCCAGUUUGAGUUCACCAACCUGGGCUUAGAUAAAUACCUAGAGAAAUUGAAGAACACAGAGAGUGACAGACUUCACACGCAAAUCCAGGCGUACCUUGAUAACAUGUUUGACGUGGGUCAGUUAAUGGAAGACUCGGACACCAAGAACGUCGCCUUGGAGAGAGUUACGCAGCUAGAGGAAACCCUCUAUCAGACGACAGACAGAUUGCGAUGCGUUGAAGACUCCUCUCUUGCCAGAAUUGCAGAGCUGCAACUAGAGCUUGCUGCUGCAACCAAAAUUCUUGAUUUAGUCCAGACUCAGAAGAAAGAGGCCGACAUUACAAUCGAGACGCUAAAGAGAACAGCUGCCACCAGAGGGCCUGGAAGCGGAGGAGGUUCCGGCGGUCCAGGCGGAGGUGGCCCUGGGGGCGGUGGAGGCUUUGGCCCCGGCAGUGGUGGUGGUGGUGGUGGUGGUGGUCCAGGGGGCCCUGGCGGUCCAGGGGGUCCUGGUGGCCCAGGGGGUCCAGGGGGCCCAGGGGGCUUUGGAGGUCCAGGCGGCGGAGGUGGUAGCGGAAUGGGUGAUGGACCUGGCGGGGGCUUCCCUCCACCCCCAGAUAAUCGUAAAAAUAAGCAGGAUAUCAGUCACACAGAGCCCCCUCCUCCCCCACCCCCUCCCCCUCUAGAAACAUCAGCCCCACCUCCUCCUCCUCCCCCUCCAUUUGGUGGUGCACCCCCUCCCCCUCCCCCUCCAGGUGCCCCUCCACCCCCGGGUGGCAUUCCAGGAGCUGCACCUGAUGGCUCUGUGACCAUAAAGGGCAAGAUUCGAACCAAGUACCGUCUGCCGCUGCUCAACUGGGUGGCGUUCAAACCCAAUCAGAUCGGAGGAACGGUCUUCAGUGAGCUGGACGAUAACAAAGUCAUGAAGGACAUCAACUUCGAUAGUUUUGAGGAGCUGUUUAAGACACAGAACCAAUCCGCAGGGAACUUCACGGCCACAGACGGCGGAAUAACCAAAUCACCUGCCAAGAAGAAGCAGGCGUCCCUCCUGGAGCCCAACCGCCUCCAGAAUGUCUCCAUCAUGAGAAGGAAGAUUGAGCUAACAUCCAAGCAGAUUGCCGAAGCCAUCAAGAGGUUGGAUCUUCAGCAGCUUGCGCUAGACACCGUGGAGCAACUCCAAAGAUUCCUUCCCAACGAUCAAGAGAAGAAGUCCUUCAAACAGUACGAGAAAGAUAAGCAGCCUGUUGAGAAACUCACUGAGGAAGACAGACUCAUGAUCAAUUUGUCUAAAGUGGAGAGACUGCCGGAGCGUCUGGCCAUCAUGAGCUUCAUAGGUAAUUUUGCGGACACUGUAGAUGCAAUCAAACCGCAACUGAAUGCAAUCACGUCUGCCUCUCUCACCAUCAAGACGUCAACUCGGCUCAAAAAGAUAUUGGAGAUUGUUUUAGCGUUCGGGAACUACUUGAACAGUGCGAAACGAGGGGCAGCUUAUGGCUUCAAAUUACAAAGUUUAGACACCUUACUUGACACCAAAUCCACCGAUAGGUCCAUGACACUGCUGCAUUACAUCGUAGAGACUGUACAACACAAAUUCCCCAAUGCGUCAGAAUUCUGCUCUGAUCUCCAAUAUGUGGAAAAGGCUGCUGCAGUUUCUCUUGAGAACCUGACGAUAGACAUCAAGCAGUUGACGACAGGAAUUCAACUUUGCAAGAGGGAGUUUGCCCAGCAGCACGAAAACACCCUCCUGAGAGACUUCCUGCUCAACAACGAAGACAAGGUCAAGAAGGUCGAAGUAGACAUGAAGAAAGCACAGGAAGCCUACAAUGACGCAGUGGGAUACUACGGUGAGAACCCCAAGCAGUGUCCACCGAGUACAUUCUUCGCUCUCUUCCAUCGCUUCGUCACCGCUUACAAGAAAGCCGAAGCAGAGAAUGAAAUGCGUAAAAAACAGAAGGAAGCUGCUCUCGAGACGGCUGCAAAUAUUGCGGCAGCUCAGAAGACCCGCAAGAACAAGGAGAAGAAGGUGAAUCAGGCUGCAAUAGUAGCUGAGCUGCAGAAGAAACACAAGAACCAGGACAAGAGAAGGGAAGCUUCAGACGGAGCCAUUGAAAACAUCAUCUCUGAUUUGAAGAGUGAGCCGUACAGGAGAGCGGACGGUAUCCGUCGCAGUAUCAGACGGAAACAACAGGAGAAUCAAAGACCAACCAUCCUGUCCAAUGAAAUGGUUAUUUAAAUCAGCUCGAUCAAAAAACAACCAAUCAGGAAUAAGGACUGAAGACUGUAUAUAAAAAAAA